AUGGAGAGCCCUCACACCCAAGACUUUCAUGUCCGGGACCUGCCCACCCGGUCUGUGACGCUGUUCCCCUCGCAGGCCCAGAUUGUCCGUGAGAUCAAAAAUGUCACGCUCAAGCCCGGCCCCAAUGAAAUCACGGUUGUUGGCGUGACCCCCACAGCCGACGAGCACUCCAUCAAGGUCGAGGGCACCGGCACGGCCACCAUCACCGACAUCACCGUCAAACUGCUCCCCAACCGGGACAUCUUCCAGGAGAUCUACCCCGACUCGGACUCCGAAUCAGAGUCUGAAGCGACGUCCGAGGAGGACGACGAUGACGACAAGGUCAACGAUGCACUCGAGGAAGUCAGCGAUAAGAUAGUCGCGCUGAGGGACGAGCAGAAGCGCGCUCGCGAGGUGAUCUCGAGCUCAGAGAGCCGGCUCAAGAUCCUCGACUCGUACAACCACUCGCUGGAGCGCAAGUGCGGCGUCAACAUUGAGGCCAGCAUCGAGACGUACCGCGUGGAGCGCGAGAAGGUGUUCCAGGACCACAUGGACGGCGCGGCCCGCGAGCGUGACCUGGCUAAGGAGAUUCUGAAGCUCACCAAGGAAAAGACCCGCCUGGAAAAGCUCCAGGCCAAAGAGAAAGCCAAGGCGGACCGGGAGAAGGCCAAGGUCAAGCGAGCCAAGGAGAAGCUGCGGGAGAAGCAGGAGCGUCGCGAGCGGGAGGCGUUGCGGGAGAAGGUCCGCGUGCGCCAGGAACGCGAGCAGUUCUGGCCCCGGUCGUGCUACACCAUCAAGAUCAGUCUCGAUGCGGGCGCCAACUUCACCCCCGGCUCAUCCCGGCGGAGUUCGAUUUCUAGCCUGGCAGACGUCAAGCUGGUGACGGAGAAGGACAAGGAGACCGACGCCGCGGACGACACGGCCACCUCGAUAACCUGCGACCUGACGCUGUCGUACGUCACGUCUUCAGCCUUUUGGGCGCCGAGCUACGACCUGGCGUUGUCGUCGACCAGCAACACGGGCACGCUCAGCUUCGACGCGCAGCUGACCAACAUGACGUCCGAGACGUGGGCUAACAGCAAGGUCACCCUCAGCACGUCGCAGGCCAGCUUCUCGGGGCUACACGACGACACGCCCAAGCUGGUCCCCUGGCGCCUCAAGAUCGUUGGCAAGCUCAACCAGUGGGAGCAGGCCGACAUUGUGCAUAGCCACGAGGAGCAACACCACAAGCAGUUGUGGAGCACGCAGCAGAACAACGCCGUCAUGCAGAAGCCGCGCGCCGGCUUAUUCGGCGUCAACCCCAACCCGUUCCAGCAGGCCCAGGCCCAGGCCCAGGCCCAGGCACAGGCCCAGUCGCUGUUCGGUAAGCCCAUGCAGAAGCCCGCGUUCGGCUCGGCCCAGAUGAACAACAACCAGAUGGCCCCCACCGGGUUCGGGAGUGCUGCCCCCCAGGCCAAAACUUCGGCUUUGUUUGGCGGUAGCGCAAACGCCAACACCAACACCAACACCAAUAAUUACCAGUCUGGAGGAGGUUUGUUCGGGAACAGCAAUAAUACGAACAACGCCAGGCCCAUUGCCCCCCCUCCACCCGCUGCCCCGACCGGCCCCCCGCGAGCCCUCGCCCGAUCCGCAGCAGCACCAACAGCAGCCCCCCAAUCCGAAGGCCUCUUCGAACCCCCCCAGACGGCCCCUAACCCCGACGACGCACCCAGCACCAUCCCCGCCGACAACCUCGACGGCCAAACCAUCCUCGACGCGGCCCCCCUCCUCAACUUCCAAGACUCCUCCUUCGAAGAAACCGGCCUAACCUCUACCUACGACCUCCCGCACCUCAAAACCCUCCCCCCCUCCACCACCCCCUCUAAACAACGCGUCGCCCGCAUCACCUUCACCUCCAUCACCUUCACCCGCACCGUAGUCCCCAAAUACAAACCCGCCGCCUACCUCCGCGCCACCCUCCGCAACACCAGCAAACUGACCCUUCUCCGCGGGCCUACCGGGCUCACCCUCGACGGUUCGUUUUUGGGGAGGUCGACUUUGCCCCGUUGUAGCGCGGGGGAUACUUUCUCUAUCCCGCUUGGUGUAGACCCCGCUGUGCGCGUGGCGUACCCGAAACCGGAGGUUACGCGGAGUACGACGGGGAUGUUCACCAAAGGCGAAAACGCAGUAUACACACGGUCAGUAACACUCGUCAACACCCGCGCAGCGGCAGGUAAACCGGUAGCCAUCACCGUACUCGACCAAGUGCCCGUAUCCGAAGACGAGAAAAUCCGCGUCGACCUCCUCACCCCCGCCGGAUUAUCCGUGUCAACGACACCCGGAGUCGCGGCGAAGGGGGUGGUCACGGGGGAGCCGGGACGGGUGGGUGGGAGGAAGGAGGAUAAGGAGUGGGGGAAGGCGACGGCGGUGUUGAGGAAGGAGGGGGAGGUGCAGUGGAAUGUGAGUUUGGAUGCGGGGAAGAGCGUUAAGUUGGUGUUGCGGUAUGAGGUUGCUUUUCCCACGGGGGAGAGGGUGGCGCAGGUUUAUUGA